CUCUCUGAAAUGCAUGUCUAUAGUGUUGUAUAGAAGGUUGUCCUAAGCUGUAGGUGUCGGAAAGACUGCGAGUGAAGCUAACGUCGUGGGUAAUUGUCAUCGUAAUCCCCGAUAAACCAAGGUCUCUUUGUGUUGUAUUCUAGCCGCCUGUCUUGGGGUCGGUAACAGCGAAGAUGUCCUACCCACCUCACCUCAAUCGACAACAGAUUGGGAUACCCCAACUGCCCCCUGGGAUCCCUCCUCCGCAGUUCGCGGGGUUUCCUCCAGCAGUGCCACCAGGAACACCCAUGAUACCUGUUCACAUGGGCCUUAUGACUCCAGCCCCCACAGUGCUAGUACCCACCACGAUGUCAAUGGUAGGGAAGCCCAUGGGCCCCCGUAAGGAGAACACUGGAACACGGGCCAAGGAGACUGAGGAGAGUGGGGGUCCCACUACCACAGUGUUUGUGGGGAACAUCUCGGAAAAGGCUUCGGACAUGCUGAUCAGACAACUGCUAGCAAAAUGUGGCUUGGUCUUGAGCUGGAAGAGGGUUCAGGGAGCCUCUGGAAAACUUCAAGGUAAAAAUAAAACAGCGUUUGGAUUCUGUGAAUAUAAAGAACCAGAGUCCACGCUACGUGCACUACGACUUCUACAUGAGCUCCAAAUAGGUGACAAGAAAUUGCUUGUAAAGGUGGAUGCAAAGACCAAGGCCCAACUGGAUGAAUGGAAGGCAAAGAAGAAAAACUCCAAUGGGACAGGGAAGCCAGAGGAUGGAGAGAAGGAAGACGAAGAGGAAGUUCUGGAUGAGGAGAUGAAGCGACGGGACCAAAUAGUGAAGGGUGCGAUCGAGGGCCUGAUACGAGAGUACUCCAGCGAGCUCAACGCUCCUUCUCAGGACGCGGACACCCACCACCGCAAGAAACGAAAGGAGAAGAAGGAGGAAGAGGAUAUUAAUGCCAUUGAGAUGGAGGAAGACAAGAGAGACUUGAUUUCCCGAGAGAUCAGUAAAUUCCGAGAUACUCACAAGAAACUGGAGGAGGAGAAGGGAAAGAAGGAGAAAGAGCGACAGGAGAUUGAGAGGGAGAGGAGGGAGAGAGACAAAGAGAGAGAGCGGGAGAGGGAGCGACGAGACCGCGAGAGGGAAAAGGAGCGGGAGCGGGAGAAAGAAAGGGAGAAGGAGCGGGAGAGGGAGCGGGAGAGAGACCGUGAUCGCGAGAGGACGAAGGACAAAGAGAGGGAGCGUGAAAAAGAGCGGGAGAAGGACAGGAGUCGUGACCGCAGUAAAGACCGCAGCAGGUCCAGAGAGAAAAACAGAGAGGAAAAGAAACGUGACCGUGAAGAAGAUGAGGAGGAAGCCUAUGAGCGGAGAAAACUCGAGAGGAAGCUGAGAGAAAAGGAGGCCGCCUACCAAGAACGCCUGAAAAACUGGGAGAUCAGAGAGAGGAAGAAGGCUCGGGACUAUGCAAAGGAGCUAGAGAGAGAGGAGGAACGUCGUAGAGAAAUGGCAAAAGAAGCCAAACGGUUGAAAGAGUUCUUGGAGGACUACGAUGACGACAGAGAUGACCCUAAAUACUAUCGGGGCAGUGCCCUGCAAAAACGUCUGCGGGACAGAGAGAAGGAGAUGGAGGUGGAUGAUCGGGAUAGGAAACGGGAGAAGGAGGAGCUGGAAGAAAUCCGACAGAGACUGCUGGCAGAGGGACACCCAGACCCCGAUGCGGAGCUCCAGAGGAUGGAACAGGAGGCCGAGCGCCGUCGACAGCCCCCGGUGAAGCAGGAGCCAGAGUCUGAGGAGGAGGCUGAGGAGGACAAGGUGCAGAAGGAAGAACGGGAGAAGAGGGGAGGUGGUGUAGCAGGACCAGACAUUGUGGAGCCCGACCCUCAGUCAGAGGAUGAAGUUGAGGAGGGCGAAGAGGAGGAUGAUGAAGUGCCCGAUACCAAACCCUGCCUGAAGCCGACGCUGCGGCCAAUCACAGCAGCCCCGUCUGUGUCGUCCGCCAGUGGGAACGCCUCACCCAACACUCCUGGCGAUGACUCUCCCUGCGGCAUAAUCAUUCCUCAUGAGAAUUCUCCCGAGGCCCCGCCCCCUGAGGAGCUCCGUCCAAAAAUCGGUCUCAGUCUUAGACUUGGUUCAACGAGCAGUCCAAGCCAGCCUAAUGCAGUGAAACGCAAGAAGCUCGCAGUGGACAGUGUUUUUAACAAAUUUGACGAUGAGGAGGCUGAUGAGCUGCCAAGAAAGAGGAAGCUUGUGCCAUUGGACUAUGGUGAGGACGAAAAGGGCGGCUUGGGCCUGGAUGGAGCUGAAGUUGCAGGAACCAAGGGCAGCGUCAACACCGAGGAGAAGCGCAAACACAUAAAGAGCCUGAUUGAGAAGAUCCCCACUGCCAAACCUGAACUUUUCUCCUACCCACUGGACUGGGCCAUAGUUGACUCGACACUAAUGGAGCGACGGAUCAGACCUUGGAUUAACAAGAAGAUUAUUGAGUACAUUGGGGAAGAGGAGGCCACGCUAGUUGACUUUGUCUGUUCAAAGGUAAUGGCGCACAGCACACCACAAGGAAUACUGGAUGAUGUCGCCAUGGUGUUGGAUGAAGAGGCAGAGGUCUUCAUAGUAAAAAUGUGGAGGUUGUUGAUAUAUGAAACUGAAGCCAAGAAGAUUGGACUUGUUAAAUAAUUUAAGCACUGAAUGGACUCCUACGUUUUCUUUCUUAUGAUUCUUACAAACCAUUCUAUACCCCAACUUAACCCACGGAAAGGACACUGGGUUUUUUUUUUUUCUUAAGGAAGGUGUAAAAAUGGGCAUUUCCCUACCACCCACUAGACUUGCACAUCUGAGAGAACUGCAGCUCCUCCCUUGUGUGUGAGUGAGAUUGCAUGUUUGUAUAUGUUGAUGCGUGCACUAAUAUCAAGGCGCCCAUAUGGCUAACUGCAUGGCCAGAUGUUCAUUUCCAAAAUUGUAUUACCCUCUGUUUCAGAAUAGAUAAGAGGUUGGCACAGUGGGUGAAAGUGAGGUUUCACACGGUUCUCAGUGAAAAAUCACUGCUGUACCCUGGUUAAUUUUAAAUGUGUUUUUUUUUUUUUCCCCCUCCCCCUCUUCCUCCUUAUUGAGGGGACACUGCUCUGGGACUGUAAAAGUUACUCUGCUUUUGACCAGCUAACAUCUGUGCAUAUCCAUUAGUUUUAUGUUUAACCAAGCAUUUAAAUAUCGAGUGAUAUGCCUACCUGAUUUCAUAGCUUGACGCUUCCCAGAACAUACAAUUCCUAUUCCGACCCCCCGUUCAUGUUCAUGUUCUGGAGGUUGCAUUGACAGAGGUCACAGCACAAAGAGGAUCACAGUGAAAUGUCAGAGUUGUUCCUCCUGCAACUUUGUCCCUUUGAUUGUCUUGUAGACUUUGGAGAAAUUAAAAUGAUUUUUUUUAAACUAAAA